AUGGUCUACUAUUUCACAUCUAAUGCGGUCUCCCCCUCCGCGUUUAUCUACGUCGGCAAGGACAAGUUUGAGAAUGAGGAUCUGAUCGAAUUCGGAUUGGACCACGACUUCCACGUUGACAACCUAUCGAGUGCGCACGUCUAUCUGCGUCUCCGCGACGGCGAGACGUGGGACAACAUUCCCGAGCCCCUCCUCGAAGAUUGCGCUCAACUGACAAAAGCGAAUUCGAUCGACGGAAACAAAAAGGACAACAUUACCAUCAUUUACACACCCUGGUCCAACCUCCAAAAAGACGGCUCCAUGGCUACAGGCCAAGUCUCCUUCCACAACCCCAAGCUAGUCAAGAAAGUCCUCGUCCGGGUCCGCGAGAACCCCAUCGUCAAUCGCCUGAACAAGACCCGCGUCGAAAAGUUCCCCGAUCUCCGAGCUGAGAAGGAAGAGUUCCUGAAGAAGAAGCGCCAUGAUGAACGCAAGCACCGAGAUCAGCAGCAAAUGAGGGAGAAGCAGGAAAAGCGUGAGCGUGAGCAGCUGAAAUGGCAGAAGGACCAUGCGUAUGACGACAUGUUUAGCGCGGAAAAUAUGGAGGCAAGCAGCAACCAAGAUCGCGAUGCGGACUUUUUGGACGAUUUCAUGUGA